AUGAGCAAGAUCGAGGGCAAAGUCGGUGCGGCGCUAUCUUUGUGGGAUAGUGCCACCGAAAUUAAGUCGAAGAAACUUGUACUGCCGUCCUACUGCACCGUGUACCAGGCGGAACUGUUGGCACUACAGAGAGCAGCCGGGGAGGCGCUCAACAGCGAAAAAACCACGUUCGGCAUAUUCAGUGACUCGAUGGCGGCGCUGCAAACUGUCGCCAACCCUACCUCCCCCCAUCCUCUGGCAGUGGAAACAAGAAACGCUCUCCGCCACUGCGCCUCCCAGAAUAAGAGAGUUUCCUUGUUCUGGAUAAAAGCCCACGCAGGUUUGGAGGGAAAUGAAAGGGCCGACUACCUGGCGAAGGAAGCAGCGCUGCGAUCGAAGAGGAGGCCGGAUUAUGACCGAUGCCCCGUCUCAUUCGUCAGAGGGAGAAUCCGUAUGGACACGAUCAGCGAGUGGGACGCGAGGUAUAAAUCCGGUGACACCGCCUCAGUCACAAAGUUAUUCUUCCCCAGUGCAGCCGCGGCGUAUAGCACUGUAAGGAAAAUUGAGACCAGCAGCAUCACCACCCAGCUGUUCACCGGGCACGGUGGAUUCUCCGAAUACUUGUAUCGUUUCAAGCUUCGGGGAGUCCAUCGUGUGUCUGCGACUCCGCCGUGGAGGAGACUGUCCCGCACGUGA